AUGCCACCAAUCAGCGGUGGAUCCACUACUGAGUUCCACUUGAAGGUGGACUUUAAAAUCGGAUUCGAUUUGACGCGGGAUUUAAACGGCAAACCGGCACUUACAGUACGACGUUAUGAUGAUAAUUCAAAAAGUACUCACGAAAUAGAUGUAGUUUCUAAGCCAUCAAUAAGAGCCGAUUCCUUUAGCGAUAGUGACGAAAAUGAUAAAGCACGUUUGGACGCCAGACAGAAAGACAAAUCAGAAAGCAAAGAAAGUGACGAAGAGGACUCAGGGAAUGGUAAUUUGCAUAUAUUACAUUGA